AUGCCCCAGCAUCCGAAUGUAUCCCCGUCCUGCCUUCGCCUUACCCACUGCAGUCCUGCCCUGUGCACGUUGCCUUGCCCGCCGGUCUCCUGGCUCUCCUACCACUCGGCCCUGGGCACCCUCCGGCAGAGGCUGGUGGCGAGCUUGGCGACGCUGUCCGCGCAGCUGCAGGACCUCUUCCAGUUCGUGUACGGGCGCGAGCAUCCCAGCGACGGCCGGGAGAAGAAGGAGGGGCUGACCCUGCCGCAGCUGCGGGAGGGCCUGCGGCGCACAGGCUUUGCAGACGCCGAGAGCAGCGAGCGCAUCUUCUACUUGCUCGACACACGCAAUUCAGGCUCGGGGGGCAGGGCCAAAGCGGCGGCGGUGUUGUCAGGAAGGGGUUCCAGUUCGAUGGUUCAUGGAACGUAUGAAAGCCCAACGCAGGGUUGCCUCGCGGGCCACUGCCAAUAA